AUGCCUCUACUUCGAAAUAUUCAAAACAGGCGACCUGUUCGAAAACACAUCAACCCCCACCGCAUCCUCUUUACGAGUCUACUUCUUCCCGCACUUGCGCUAGCCGACGAUGAGCCUACCUCGUCAACACGUCAAGUCACAGAGCCGUUUGUCGACCAAGUGACGGGCCUUACUAUGGAGCGCUUCUUUGGUGCCAAGACCUCAUUCACGUUUGCAUUCGCAUUGCCAGACGCCAACCCCGCCGCAAACGCUACAGAAGCAGGAUCAUUUAUCGGUCGUCUAGAAUUUCCACUUGUCAAUGGUGAAGGAUGGGGUGCAGCUGGACUGACAGGAGAUAUGGAAGGAAACUUCAUCUUGGCAGCGUGGCCUGAUGGAAAGGGAGGAGUCAUGUCAUCCUUCCGACAAGCGAUUGACGAAGACAACCCAGCCGUGGUCAAGGGAAACUUCAACGUCAGGCCAUUGCCUGAUGGUGUAUCAGUCAACGAGACUUCAUUGCUCUACACAUUCCUCUGUGAGAACUGCCUCGAUAGCACACUAGGUCUGGGACCCGAAGCCGCCUCUGGCAAUGCAGUUAUGGGGUGGGCGCUGUCGGAGAGGCCACCAAGAGGAGACGCUUCUGACCCUGCCGCUUUCCUUGGGUUUCAUGAGAAAGGCUUUGGACCUUUCACUGCCCGACUAGCUCAAGCCAAGGUUGUUGGAUUCGAUGCUGUUGCUGCAAAGGCGCUUGAUCCCGUGGGGAUCUCACCAAAGGCUGUUGCAACAGUUCCCAAUGCCUUCCAAGAUGGGGGUAGUGAUGAUGAGGAUAGUGGUGACGAAGGAGGCGAUAUCGAUGGUAAUGAUAGUGACUCUGGGGAUGAGUCGGAUGAUGAUGAUUAG